CACAAACUAUCAAUUAUAUUAGGUUGAAGAGGAAAGCAGCGAUGACCAGAAGAAACCAAAAACAAAGACCGUCAAAAAAACAAUUUGGGAUUGGGAGUUGAUGAAUGUAAACAAACCAAUUUGGACGCGCAAACCCAAUGAAAUUAAUGAUGAUGAAUACAACGAAUUCUACAAGAGUUUAACCAAAGACAACGAUAAACCAUUCACAUACACACAUUUUGUGGCCGAAGGAGAAGUAACAUUUCGAUCACUUUUAUAUAUCCCAAAACUACAGCCUUCGGAGAGCUUCAAUAAAUACGGAACCCAUUCGGAAAAUAUUAAACUGUACGUGCGCCGUGUGUUCAUUACCGAUGAAUUUAACGACAUCAUGCCAAAUUACCUUAAUUUUAUCCGUGGAUUGGUCGAUUCUGAUGAUCUACCGUUGAAUGUUUCACGUGAAAUGCUGCAGCAACACAAACUUAUCAAGGUUAUCAAGAAGAAACUUAUUCGUAAAGUAUUGGAUAUGAUCAAAAAGAUAAGCGCCGAAAAUUACGUUGAUUUCUGGAAGGAAUAUUCAACCAAUAUUAAAUUGGGACUCAUGGAAGAUCCCAGCAAUAGAUCACGUCUUGGUAAAUUGCUGCGUUUCCAAUCUUCAGCCGGCAAAAAUUUGACUUCAUUAGAAGAUUAUGUGGGUCGUAUGAAAUCAAAACAAUCGCACAUUUUCUGGUUGGCCGGUGCCAAUCGCGAUGAAGUAGAAAACUCACCAUUUGUCGAACGAUUGCUUGCCCGUGGAUAUGAAGUUUUGUAUAUGGUGGAACCAGUUGAUGAAUACGCCAUUUCAUCAUUGCCAGAAUUUGGUGGAAAGAAAUUCCAAAACAUUGCCAAGGAAGGAUUCACAUUGGAUUCAUCUGAUGAUGCCAAGGCAAAAUUAGAAUCGUUAAACAAACAAUUCGAACCACUCACGAAAUGGAUGAGCGAAGAAGCGCUGAAAGGACGUAUCACCAAAGCUGUUAUUUCCGAACGUUUGCGUAAAUCGCCAUGCGCUUUGGUCGCCAAUGUCUUUGGAUGGACCGGUAACAUGGAGCGCUUGGCAAUGUCGAAUGCUCAUCAAAAAACCCAUGAUCCAAUGCGUGAAUACCAUUUGUCACAGAAGAAGGCUUUGGAAAUCAAUCCAAGACAUCCUCUUAUUAAAGAACUUUUGCGCCGUGUUGAAAACGAAGAGGCCGAAUCUGCUAAGGAAUUGGCAUUGAUUAUGUUCCGUACAGCCACACUACGAUCAGGAUUCACCCUUCAAGAAUCGAGCGAUUUUGCUGAUAGCGUGGAAAAAUUAAUGCGACAAACAUUGGGCAUUCUAGAAGAUGAACAAGUUGAAGAAGAGGAAGAUAUUCCAACAGAAGAUGAAGCUGCUUCAGAAGAAGACAAAUCAGAAACCGAUGAUGAUGAUGCUGAGGGCACCAAUGACAAAGAACAUGACGAGCUAUAAGCUCAUUUCCACACCACCAAUAUCUAGAUAAUUUAGUAAAAAAACACGACGCCAAUCGGCGUUACCUUCAUCGCUUCUUCGAUUUUCAUUCAAAUGGUGUGUUUGUGUGUGUGUGUGUGAGAUGAGCACACACCACUAAAACGAGCAUCAUAAAAUAAUCGCUACAUGUAUGGUAGUAAUGUCGAUUCAACGACUGAAUAUUUAAAAACAAAUUUCCCAAUAAUUCUAAUUUGAUUGUAUGUAUAUUUCAUGCCAGUAAUAGACCAGGGUCCGAAUCAAAUAAGCAUCAAUCACAUUUUGUAUAUUACAACAUUCAACAGAAUUAUUUGUAAAUUUAUAAUUUAUAAUUUAUAAUUGUGAUUUUAUGCAUUUUUCCAUUCAUAUUUAUGUAAAUUCUUUAUUUAAAAAAAAUGAGAUUGAAAUAUAUACGAUUGUGAAAAACAACAACACUGCAUGAAAAAAAAGAAGAAGAAAUUAAAAACAAGAGAAUUGUAGAUUUAUAUAUAAGUCAAAUAAAAUUUAUUUGGCAUUAAACUUUAA